GACUCCUAUCACUGGGGAAAUUCCAAGGGUCUAGAGAUUGUGGUGUAGCUAUGGCUACUAGGCAGUUUGCAACCACCAGGUUCUCCUUGGAAACCCUAUGGGGCAGUUCUCCUCUGUCCUAUAGGUUCACUAGGUAUUGGAAAUAAACUUGAUGCCAACGGGUUUAGUUUGUUUUUUUAGAGAUUACCUGGCACAGUGAUUAAGCCUCAGGCUGCUAACUAAAAGGUCGAUAGUUCGAAUCUAUUAGCUGCUCCAUGGAAAUUCUGUGGGACAGUUCUACUGUGUCCUAAACGGUUGCUAUGAGUCAGAAUCAACUUGAUGGCAAUGGGUUUGCUUUGCUUUUUUUAAAGAUUACCGAAGGUGCCCUGGUGGUGCAGUGGUUAAGUGCUUGGCUGCUCACUGAAAGGUUAGCAGUUUUGAGCCCACCAGCUCAAAAGAGAGAAGUCUGCUUCCGUAAAGAUUAUAGCCUUGGAAACCUUAUAUAGGGUUGCUAUGAGUCAGAAUCGACUCAAUGGCAGUGGGUUUAGGUUUAGAGAUUACCUCCCAGGAACCAACUCCAAAGACCAAAUUCUUUGGUAAAGUUAAUUGUACAGGUAGUCCCCGACUUGGUGACAGAGUUCCUUUCCGAAGACUCCGUCAUAAGUUGGUUCUGAUGUAAUUCGAAUACCUCAAUUUUUUUUCAUUGUUAUUACCUUUAAUUAUCGGUGUCUUUAUAAAUCUGAUCUUUGCCUUUGGGGGUUGGCAUGAGAAUAAUAACAUCAGCAAAUUACAUGCUGCAGUGUUGUAUGUAGUAUUUAUUACUAAAGAUAAGAUGUGUCUUUGUUAAAAAAGGGUGGUUGUAACUGCGGUCCACCAUAACUUGAAUGUGUCAUAAGUCGGGGAGCACCUGUAAACGCCACCAUUGUAUUUGGUUGUUGUAUGUCUUUAGUUUCCGAAUUUAGAGCAGCUGCCUCCACCAGUCUUUUUUUCCUUAUGUUUUGUUUUUUCAUUCAUCUUUUCUUACUGCAGACACAUGCACCUGGUGGCGCAAUGGUUAAACAAAUGCUCAGCUGCUAGCUCAGUGGGCAGUGGUUCAAACCCACCAGCUGCCUGAUGGGAGAAAAGACCUGCCAAUUGGCUCCCAUAAAAAUUAUAGCCUAGGAAACCCUAGGGGACAGUUCUGCUGUGUCAUAUAGGGUUGCUAUGAGCUGGAAUCCACUCAGCGGCACACAACAGCAACAAAUGUCUAUAUAUAACAAAAAUUGCCAUCUAAGUGUAUGUUAAUUAUAUUCACAAUGUUGUACAACUGUCACCCCUGUUUGUUUGAUGAAAAAUCCACUGUUUGAUGGAAAAUUUUUCAUCACCCCAAACAGAAACUCUCAAUCAUUGAGCGUUAACUCCAGCCUGUGGAAACCACUAAAUCUACUUUCUGUUGCUGUGUAUUUGCUCAUUCUAGAUAUUUCCUAUAAGUGGGAUCAUACAGUAUUUGUCCCUUUUUGUGUGUGACUUAAUGCACUCAACACGAUGUUUUUAUGGUUCAUGUCGUAGCCUGAAGCAAAGCUUCCUUUCUCUUACGGCUGAAUAAUACUCCAUUGUAUGGGUAGAGCACGUUUUGUUUAUCCAUUCACCUGUCGGUGGACACUUGGGUUGUUUCCACCUUUUGACUCUUGUGCAUAGUGCUGGAGUGAACAUUGGUGUACAAGUGACACUGACUUUUUGAAGACAUUAGGCACUUGUCUCGUAAAACCUCUCUCUGGUUUUGUCUGAUUGUUUCCUCCUGGCUUCUCUUACAUUGUUCUGUGUCCUGCAGACUGGAAGUGAGGUCUGGAAGGCUUGAUUGUAUUCACGUUGAACGUUUUGGGCAGAUGUCCUAGAUGCAGAGUGCUCUGCGCUUGGUGCUGGAUCUCAUCACGAGGCGUGUCAUGCCAGCCUGUCCCCUGCUGUGUCAUUGCCUGGCUAACGUGGAGAGCUUCUCUUCUUCCCCUCAGAAAUGUGGAUGCCCCUUUGCAAUGAGGAAGUCAUCUGUGAGGUAAUUCUCGGGUACCCUGCAAAUGCCCUUUUCCUCAGCAGCCUUUUACCAAAUGGCUUUCAGCAUUCAAAGGUGAUGCUUGCCUGAAUCCUUUUUAUAUUGGGCUUUACAGAAUGGUGAUUUUUCUCCUCAUUCCUUCCACGUUGAUUUCUUGGUCUUCUUCUGUAAAGAUGUUUUCUGGCUUCAGGUGGGGAAGAACUACGAUUCCUUCUAGAAAGGCCAGACCGUCAUCAAAGAAGGAAUGCUGACCAAACAGAACAAUUCAUUCCAGCGAUCAAAAAGGAGAUACUUCAAGCUUCGAGGACGGACACUGUACUACGCCAAAACUGCAAAGUCCAUCAUUUUUGAUGAAGUGGAUCUGACAGACGCGAGUGUGGCCGAGUCCAGCACCAAAAACGUGAACAACAGCUUCACGGUCAUCACUCCAUGUCGGAAGCUCAUCUUGUGUGCUGAUAACAGAAAAGAAAUGGAAGAUUGGAUCGCGGCACUGAAGACUGUGCAGAACAGGGAGCAUUUUGAGCCCACCCAGUACAGCAUGGACCACUUCUCAGGGAUGCACAACUGGUACGCCUGCUCCCACGCGAGGCCAACCUACUGCAACGUGUGCCGCGAGGCGCUGUCCGGGGUCACCUCCCACGGGCUGUCCUGCGAGGUGUGCAAGUUCAAGGCCCACAAACGCUGUGCUGUGCGCGCGACCAACAACUGCAAGUGGACCACGCUGGCCUCCAUCGGGAAGGACAUCAUCGAAGACGAAGAUGGGAUUGCCAUGCCGCACCAGUGGCUGGAAGGGAACCUGCCCGUGAGCGCCAAGUGCACAGUGUGCGACAAGACAUGUGGCAGCGUGCUGCGCCUGCAGGACUGGCGCUGCCUCUGGUGCAAGGCCAUGGUGCACACGGCGUGCAAGGAGGCGCUGCUGACCAAGUGCCCACUGGGCCUGUGCAAAGUGUCAGUCAUCCCCCCCACCGCGCUCAACAGCAUCGACUCGGAUGGGUUCUGGAAGGCCACGUGCCCUCCUUCUUGUACAAGCCCCUUGUUGGUCUUCGUCAACUCAAAAAGCGGUGACAACCAGGGCGUGAAGUUCCUUAGAAGAUUCAAGCAGCUGCUGAACCCCGCCCAGGUCUUCGACCUCAUGAAUGGAGGCCCACACCUUGGCUUACGGUUAUUCCAGAAAUUCGACACGUUCCGGAUUCUGGUCUGUGGAGGGGAUGGCAGCGUUGGCUGGGUUCUGUCUGAAAUCGACAGCCUCAACCUUCAUAAACAGUGUCAGCUGGGUGUGUUGCCUCUGGGGACUGGGAAUGAUCUGGCACGUGUGCUCGGCUGGGGCUCGGCCUGUGAUGAUGACACACAGCUCCCCCAGAUCCUGGAGAAGCUGGAGCGGGCCAGCACCAAGAUGCUGGACAGGUGGAGCAUCAUGGCAUACGAGACCAAGCUCCCGCGGCAGGCCUCCUCAUCCACCGUCACCGAGGACUUCAGCGAGGACUCUGAGGUGCAGCAAAUCCUCGUGUAUGAAGACUCAGUGGCAGCCCAUCUCUCUAAAAUCCUGACGUCUGACCAGCACUCGGUGGUGAUCUCCUCAGCUAAAGUGCUCUGUGAGACUGUGAAGGACUUCGUGGCUCGUGUGGGGAAGGCCUACGAGAAAACCACCGAGAGCUCGGAGGAGUCAGAGGUCAUGGCCAAAAAGUGCUCUGUCCUGAAGGAGAAGCUGGACUCCCUCCUCAAGACCUUGGAUGAUGAGUCCCAGGCCUCAUCCUCUCUACCAAACCCGCCGCCCACCAUUGCUGAGGAGGCAGAAGACGGGGAUGGGCCCAGCAGCAUGUGUGGCUCCACGGGGGAGCGUGCGGUGGGCUCAGCCUGCCCUGCCCGGCCGCAGAUCUUCCGGCCUCGGGAGCAGCUCAUGCUCAGGGCCAACAGCCUGAAGAAAGCCAUCCGCCAGAUCAUAGAGCACACGGAGAAAGCUGUUGAUGAGCAGAAUGCCCAGACCCAGGAGCAGGAAGGCUUCAUCUCGGGUCUCUCUGAGUCAGAGGAAAAGAAGGACCUGAGGAGAGAUGACAGGGUGGGCCUGCUGCCACCUCCCAGCGAGAACUGUGGGGUCUCCAAAGGCAGGAGCCACCGCAAAGUGUCCAAGUCCCCAUGCGAGAAGCUGAUAAGCAAAGGAAGCUUGUCCCUGGGCAGCUCAGCGUCUCUCCCUCCCCAGCCGGGAAGCCGGGACACCCUGCCCGCACUGAACAUGAAGAUCCUGUACCCACAUGUUCGGGCUGGGAUGUCCGGGUCCUUGCCUGGAGGUUCCGUCAUCAGUCGCCUACUAAUUAACGCUGACCCCUUUAACUCUGAGCCAGAGAACCUAGAGUGUUACACAGAGAAGUGUGUGAUGAACAACUAUUUCGGCAUUGGCUUGGAUGCGAAGAUCUCCCUGGAUUUCAACAACAAGCGUGAUGAGCACCCAGAGAAAUGCAGGAGUCGAACCAAAAACAUGAUGUGGUACGGAGUUCUGGGGACCAAAGAACUGCUGCACAGAACCUACAAGAACCUGGAGCAGAAGGUCUUGCUGGAGUGUGACGGGCGGCCAAUCCCACUCCCUAGUCUUCAGGGAAUUGCCGUCCUCAACAUUCCCAGCUAUGCCGGAGGGACCAACUUCUGGGGUGGCACCAAGGAAGAUGACACCUUCGCCGCCCCGUCGUUCGAUGACAAGAUCCUGGAGGUGGUGGCCGUGUUUGGCAGUAUGCAGAUGGCAGUGUCACGGGUGAUUAAGCUGCAGCAUCACCGAAUCGCCCAGUGCCGCACCGUGAAGAUCUCCGUGCUGGGCGACGAGGGUGUCCCUGUGCAGGUGGACGGGGAGGCCUGGAUCCAGCCCCCGGGCUACAUUCGCAUCGUCCACAAGAACCGGGCGCAGACACUCACCCGGGACAGGGCCUUUGAGAGCACCCUGAAGUCCUGGGAGGACAAGCAGAAGUGUGAGCUGCCGCGGCCCCCCUCUUUCUCGCUGCACCCUGAGGUCCUGUCUGAGGAGGAGUCCACCCAGAUGAGCCAGUUUGGUCAGGCGGCCGGAGCCCUGAUCCACAGCAUCCGGGAGAUCGCACAGUCCUACCAGGACAUGGAGCAGGAGCUUGCUCACGCUGUCAACGCCAGCUCCAAGGCCAUGGACCGCGUCUACGGCAAACCCGGCACUGCAGAGGGGGUGAACUGCAGCUUCGUCCUUGAGAUGGUGAACAACAUCAAAGCCCUCCGCAGCGAGACGGAGCUGCUGCUGGCUGGGAAGGUGGCCCUGCAGUUGGAUCCCCCCCAGAAGGAGCGGCUGGCGGCGGCUCUCGCGGAGAUGGACCUACAGCUCAGGAAGCUGGCGGACACGCCUUGGCUCUGCCAGCCCCCGGAGCCCGGGGAUGAAGAGAGUGUGAUGCUGGAUCUCUCCAAACGCAGCCGCAGCGGUAAAUUCCGCCUCGUGACCAAGUUCAAAAAGGAGAAAAACAACAAGAACAAAGCGGCGCGCAGUAGCCUGGGAGCCCCGGUGCACCUCUGGGGGACAGAGGAGGUGGCUGCCUGGCUGGAGCACCUCAGUCUCUGUGAGUAUAAGGACAUCUUCACGCGGCAUGACAUCCGGGGCUCUGAGCUCCUGCACCUGGAGCGGAGGGACCUCAAGGACCUGGGCGUGACCAAGGUGGGCCACAUGAAGCGGAUCCUGUGCGGGAUCAAGGAGUUGAGCCGGGCGGCCGCCGAGGCCUAGCGUCGGUGCUGGCGGCCUGCGUGCUGUGCGCCCGGGACUGACGCUGCCGCCCAUGGUGCUACCACCCCUGGCUGCCGCCCGCCGCCCGCGGGGCCUCACACCAACGCAGCUACCUUCCAGCCAGCGCCUUCCACCUGAGCCGGUGGCCACGAGGGGCCCGCUGUGCCCCCUGCACGAAGGUUUUAAUGAAGGCCUGCAGUUCCUGCUUUGCGGUGGCAUGUGGCAUGGAGCCAUUCCCUGUGCUGUUAAUUUAAUUUGAGAUGAAGAGAAAGAAAAAGCCCCUCCUGCUGAAGUCACAGGUGGCUGUGUUCCUGAGCUGGCAGCCCAUCCUCAGGUCCCCGGUCCCCUCUGCACCACCUCAUCCUCGAGCUCCUCUGGGGUACCCCGCUCCUGCUCCUCCCUGGUCCCCUGGUCACUGGAGGGGUGUGAGCUUGUCAGCCCUUCCCCCGCAGUGUUUCCUGUACAGCUUCCCGGCUCUGGGGGACUUUCUGUCUCCUUUCUGUGGGAGGACAGCUAGGGUCCUCAGAGUGCGGCCACGGUGGGCAGUGUCUCUGGGGCCCUGCUUCUUGUCCACUGUGGGCUGGGGGCUGUCCUGAGAGUCACCCUGCAGGGGCUGUUGUAUCGAUGCCCAGUGCCCCCUUGGGGACUUGAAUUCCAAGGCCUCCCGUCCCUGGCACUCCUCUGUCCCCAACCACAGAGGUGGUGUUGAGCUCCAGCCUCAGGUCAGGCCGGGGACAGCAAGGAAAGGCAGUGGCAGCCUGGGGGGCCCUUUUCGGGUCUGGGCUGGGCAAGGGGCAGGAGCUGAAGGCUGGGGAACAGGCCUUGGCCACAGGGCCUUGGGGUCACUGCUGUUGACUGUGCCCUUCUUGCCCCUUCCAAAGAUGCUCAUGCCCCCCUCCCAGGGGCUCGGGUUCCAUCCUGGAAAGGGGUUUACCUCAGCAAAACCAUGGAGUAGGGCAAGCGGCACUGGCCAGGCCCUCUCCUCCACCCCCACCCGAGUCACCCAUUUUACCGGCAAGGGGGCAGGGCGUGGUCCACGGGCCCUGCAGAGCCAGGGGUGGACUGGGGCCCCUGGAGGAGCUGACAAGUGGACAGUGUUUCUUUAAAGACUCCUGAUGGACUCGCUUCUCGGUGCCCCUCAGCUGGGCCCUGCCUCUGUGAUAGAGGUGCUCCUGUGAUGGUCCUCCUCAGGGGCUGGGCCAAGUCCCAGGGGAGAGUGGGCCCUGGGUGAGAUGCCCCAUCCCCCGCCCAGGGGUGGUGCCUCACGGGCACUCCAGGCCCUGCUAUUAGGCCAGGUCCCCAUACUGGGCCUCCUUCCUGGGUGUGGUGGGAGGUGUGGGGACUUGUGAGUGAAGGAAUCUCAGCUCCGCAGGGGGCCUUGGUUGCCUCUUUGGAAGUAAGGUGGGGUGGAGGAUGGUCGUUUUAGGUGGAGGGAGUUUGAGAAAGAAUCGAAGUGUCCACUAGAAAUCACUUGCUCUUCAAGCUAACAGAAGAGGUAAUGGUACCGGCUUUGCGGGGUGCUCUGCUGGAUCACAGGGUAGGGGUGCCCCCGGGAUUCUGAGUCCUCAGAGCAGGCUCCGGGGCCAGCUGGAACUUAGGAGGGUGCACAGGGCCGAGAGCCAUGGCAGACCUGGUGGUGAGGGGCAACGUUGGGGGCACCCCGAGUCCCUAACGUCCACUCCUUGGAAAGCCUUUGGUUUGGGUGGCAAGUAUUAAAAUUAGUUUGUUGUCAGUGAUUAAAAACAACACUGUGUAAAAACUGUUUUUCUAAUUCCAGUAAGUUAGAAGAAGGAAUAAACAUGGGUUUUGUGUGACCCUGCCUGCGGGGCCCUCUUCCCAUGGAUGUCCCUGCCGUGUUGCCAAAGGGCCGGGAGGAAGGGUCCCUGAGGGUCCCUGCGUCCUGGAGGAAAGGUUUUAUGCCCUCGGGUGAGACCUCCCCCUUGUAUUUAUAAUCUUAAUUUAUACAGUGAUCCUCGUGGAAGAGAUGCCUCUUGUAUUGUUCUGUACAUAGUCCAUGUCUGAUCGUUGUAAAUAAGUCGUUCCUGUGAAUAAAACAAGCCUGUUUUUGA